AUGGCUGAAGACAAAGAAGCACAAAUAAAUAUAGAUUCUCAAAGCUCUAGCAGUUCUAGCAGCUCUAGCAGUAGUUCUUUUAAUGAUGACAAUCGUGUGAAAGUUUUGGGUGUUUUUAGUGGAAUGUGGUUGAACGUAAAUCAGAUGAUCGGCAGUGGCAUUUAUGCAACUCCCGGUCAAAUUAUGGUUUUGACGCAGAGUGGAGGAAUGACUCUAGUCCUCUAUAUCUUGGGCUUUUUUUACGUUAUGAUUGGAAGUCUUAUUUAUGUAGAAGUGGGGAGCAAAUCUAUUUUGAAACGACGUUUCCUAAUCCCAGAAAAAUGGUGGCGUAUAUUUUCAGUUUUAGCACAAUUGUCAGCUUCUCAAUAUAUUUAUUAUGCAAUUCAUAAAAAUUCUGCAUCAGAGGAUUUGCAUAAACUGGAAUUUUG